AUGAAGGAAGAACAUAAAAGGAUAGAGUUGAGAGAGAGAGAGAGGAAGUUCUCUCUUCUUCAAAAUGGCUUCUGCAACUGCUUCUACACUUUCAACUCUCUGUUCUUCUUUCACAACCCAUUGCUCAAUAAAACCUCAUUUCUCUAUUUCUCAUCAACCUUUCUCUUCUCGUUUUCCUUCUCACAACCUCUCUUUCCAAUCCACUUUCUCACAACGCUUGCCUCUGUUACCCGCUCCCAAAUCCACUGAAUCUUCUGUCGCGCCUGUUGAUUCUGAUUCUCAAGUAUCGGAGUCUGAAUCCUCUCAAAUUGUUCAGUCUCCUUCAUGGGAGAAGGGUCUUUUUGCUGUUGUAAUGAUUGGUGGGCGCCAAUAUAUUGUUCAUCCUGGCCGCUGGCUUGUUGUUCAGAGGCUCAAAGGUGCCAACGUUAACGACAAGAUCGCCCUGCAUAAGGUUUUACUGGUUGGAACAGAUACAUCCUGCUACAUUGGCAAACCAGUGGUAACAAAUGCUGUGGUAUAUGCGACAGUGGAAGAGCAGGGUUUAGACAACAAAGUAAUUGUAUUCAAAUACAAAAGAAAGAAGAAGUAUCGUAGAACUAUUGGACACAGACAGCCAAAUACACGCAUCCGGAUAAAUAGCAUUAUGGGCUAUGAGGACUACCCAAAAGUUACCAUGGACGAUAUAAAUUUGGAAUCAUCAUGAACAUUUUGUGCGCUAUGCGAGUAUUGUAUCUUCUUUCAUCUAUAAUAACUAUUAGCAAUCAAUUUGCCAUGGUUAGUUUUGCUUUUAUCAUGGAUGGAGUUGUUUGAAUGUUUAUGUAGCUAUUGUAUGUCAUUGUAAUCUUUUGUUUCCAAAUACAUUGCUAUUUUCCAGUCUCCAAUUAUCACUCCAAUUCCUACUAUGAAGAGCCUGUUUACUUUGAA